UAAUCUUUACGUUGAAUUAUAUGUAAACGGAUCAGAAACAGCUCCACAUUUAAUACUUAGCUUAUCUAACAAUGUCUGCUAUUCGACAUCUUUAAACUUUUUUGAUUGGUUCUGAACAUAUAUCCUUUGUCUUUCAAAUCAAAAUCACUUUUGAAACCAGUUGUCGAAACCAGUUCUCACAUGUUUGUUUAACUGAUAGAGGCUUAAAAUAGAAGAUAAAUCGAUGAAUAAAUGACGAAAAUAUUCUUUAUCACGUUCCAUGAUUUUCAAUUUCACUAAAAAGUGUAAUUAUGUUCAUGAAUGCACAAAACAUGUGUCCAAUUAUUUGCAGAAAUGUCCAAGCUUUAAAACGACGUACCAACAAAAUAUCGUAUUAGUACAGAGUAUUAAUAGAUUUGUAGUUACAGUCAUCUAUAGUGAGCCUUCAAAAUUAACUGGAACAUUAAAUAUACAUAUAUUGCAACAAAGACAUAUUUUCUCCAUUCAACAAAAAUACAACAUAAAUACAACAUAAAUAAACAUUAAAUACAAAGAAGAUUCAGGAAAUCUUAAUUAACUAUUUUCUAUUUUUGAUCGAGAAAGUUGUCAAUAAAUCAUGGUCUUCAAAGAUUUGAGAGUGGAACGUGUCGAGAAUGAGCUAGGGGAUGCAUUAUUUAAAUUGUAUCCUAAUAUAACAAAUGGUUUUGUUAAAAUCGGUGAGAAGAAAUGGCAUUUACCGUACAAAUAUGUUGACAUUAUCAAUGCGACAUAUAAUUUCGAAGUUCGUCAGAAUGAUACGUGGAUUGUUACAUAUCCUAGAUCAGGUACGACUAUAACACAAGAACUUAUAUGGUUGGUAGCAAAUGACAUGAAUUUCGAACAAGCGCAUCAGAGGCCUUUAACACACAGAUUUCCCUAUAUAUGUUCAAAUGCAAUGGAUGCUUUGGACGUGGCAUCAUGUAGUUCCAACGUGCAUAAAAUAAUUAAAUCAGAUUUGGAAUUUGUACAAAAUCAAACAUCACCACGUUUUAUCAAAACACACUUGCCUUUUGAUUUGUUACCAACAGUGAAAAAUAGCGAUUGUAAGAUUAUUUAUGUCGCGAGAAAUCCAAGAGAUAUGGUGAUCUCAAUUAUUCUAUCUUAUUCUAUUAUCUUAUUCAAUUUCCACAAGAAUUUGACACUUUACAACUAUCAAGGGACUUUCGAGCAAUUCUGUGAUCUAUUUCUAAAUAAUCACAUGACGUGGAGUCCAUAUUGGGAACAUGUAAAGGAAGCUUGGGCGAUGAGACACAGAACAAAUUUGCUGUUCCUCUUCUACGAAGAUUUGAUAAAAGAUUUACCUGGAAACAUCAAAAAAGUCGCCGAGUUCUUCGGUAAAGUUUACAGUGAUGAGCAGAUUGUUAAAUUAGCGGAACAUUUGAAAAUAGAGAAUUUCCGAGAAAAUCCUAUGGUAAAUAUUAAUUCUAUAAAAGGGUUUAUUCGACAAGGAAAGAUAGGCAAUUGGAAAGAGCUAUUCACCGCAGAAAUCGAGGAGAAAUUCAGCAAGUGGAUUUCUGAUAAUUUGAAAGAUACGAAUCUGACGUUCCCUGUUUAAUGAAGUCGAAAUAAAAGAAUAUAAAUAAAAUAAAAUUUUCUUAAUGCGUUGUA